AGGGGUGGCUGCUCCCCAGCUCCAUCACUCCGAGCGUUGCCCGUGGAUUUCUCGCUAGAGCGCAUCUCGUUCAUCUCUCAACAGCCGUCGCCGCAAAACACGCGACGAUCGCUCGCACCCCGCGCAACCACACGCCAUUCCCUUUGGCGGACCGCGUCGUAGGAUCGCGCUCCAGCGGCCGAUUCGCGCGCCAUGCCUUCCUCGAGGCCUACCCGCAAGUCCACCCGGGCUUCCUCGAGCCCCUUCGUUGGCUCGAGCAACAACUCGCCCGCGCCCCCGUCGGUGGCUCCGCCAGCUGUGAAAGAGAAGGGUCAGUCGUCUCUGGACUCCUGGAUUGAGCCGCCCCUCAGGAACCCCGCGCCGAGUUUCGAGGACCACGGCUUCCAGCGCCAGGGAGUUGUAUCACACAUGCAGCCACUGGGCGCGCUGCCCACCGCAAAGGAGAGGGCGAGAUUCAGGUCUGACGGUCACCGCCGCUCGAUCGCAGGUAGGAACGGCUCUACGCCUGCCCGCGACGAGGCGCGCGACAGUCCAGAGACGACACUUUCCGUCGAGGCCGCGCCACAAGCCGAAUCCCCCAAGCUCGAAGACCCUCUUCCCGUGAUUCCCCCCAACAGGGAUGAGAUGGACGACGACGACUACGAGCCCCUGGUGAAGAAGAAGAAGAAAUCGUCGUCGUCAUCCUCGUCGCGGCCUUCGGCGCAGCCGGCAAAGAGCGAGACCCCAGUGGCGUCGACAUCUUCGGCCACGGCUCACAGCACGCCCAAGGCCAAGGCAAACGGUCACAUUCUCACUUCGCAGGAGCUUGAUAGGAUUGUCAACAACGCGAUCAAGGAGGCCGAACGAGCGGGGACGGCCCACGUGGGCGCUGCCAUCGCACAACUUUACGAGGAGAGCCAUCAGGACCCCGAGCUAGCCGAAAUUCUCAAAGUCAUUGUUCUGUACUCUGGCCGUGCGCCGACAAAGGAAGAGAAGGAAAUCUUCAACAAAUACGUCAAGCGCGCCAGAAAGUUCGCUCGCACCGCAUCCACGCCCAACAGCUCCAAGCGUGCUCGUGCUUCGCGCAGUUCGGUUGGAUUGGGUUCAUUAACCCCUUCACAUUCAGCGCCGCCAACCAGCCUCUCCAGCCUUGGCAGCCGCACUCCCUCCCCGCCCGCCUUGGAAAACCUCACCGCCGCUCUUCACUCGGCGCAAUCAACUCCGAUGCCCGACGAGCCCCCCUCCGAGGCCACCAUCACUCCACCAAAGGAAAACGCACCCGCCUCUGCUAUGAACGACAUGCGUUCCUCAGAAGCGCCCUUUGCUCGCUCUAGGAGCAGCAGUCUUUCGUCACUUUCCUCGCUCAGUUCUAUAAAUGAGGACCUCCUGGCCGACCCGCCCCGGGAAAAUCUGUCUGAUGCUACUCCGGCUCCUCCUUCGAAGCUACCUUCUGGCAAGAAGGCAGUGAAUGGUACUGCUGCAGCAUCGUCAAAGAAGAAGAAGUCAGGUGGCGGCAAGGUUGAAGGUGCCAACGCGGCGAAGCGGUCUCCAGCUGAUGCAGGCUUGAGCGAAGCCGACAAAGAAGAGAUCAAGACCAAGCGCCAGAAGUACGAGCAGUCUCUGCCAAACAUGCGUGCCUUCAACUCUUCGAUCGAGGAGAGUGACAUCCGGGAUCGUCUCACGCAACGGCCUACUCCGUCUGCGCCCAUGUUGUCCAAGACCAUUCCGGUGCUCCCUCCCAAGGUGCAAACGCUCAAGCUCACGAACGGCGUGUCAAAGAAGCCGUACUCGCAGACUGACAGCAAUGCUGUCUCGCCGCUCUCGGAUGCUUUUCCACCAGGAUCGGCAUCGGCGGCCGGGUCGCGUCCAAGCACGCCCAAUCUCACCGCGGAACGUCCGGUAAAGAGGCAGAAGACGUCUGCCAGGACGAAGCACUCGCCAAUCAAGAAUAGGUCGGGCGGUGUCGCGGGCGUUGCGCGCGCCAGUGGCGGAAUGGAAUCCCCGAUCGGCUACGAUGACCACGAAGUCCGUUCUGAGAAUGAUGACUUCUGUUCUGCCUGCGGUUUCUCUGGCUUCCUCUUAUGCUGCGAUGGAUGCGAUCGCGCAUUCCAUCUCAGCUGCUGCGACCCCCCACUCACGAGAACUCCCGAGGGUGGAGAGUGGUACUGUUACAAGUGCACCAACAAGAAUGCAGCCGGCCAGAAAGACACACGAACCAUCUUCUCGCCACUCAUCAGUGUCCUGAACAAGCGCAACAUGACUGUCUUUGCCCUUCCAAAGCGCAUUCAAGAGCAUUUCGAAGGUGUCACUGCCGAUUCUGAGGGUGCCUAUCAAGAGCAUCCUGAACAGAAACCACUCAAGAGCCGGUUGGGCUGGGACGAGGCUCCAGACAACACCAAGCUCCGCGAUGCGAAGGGCCACGCUAUUCUCUGCACUCAGUGUGGCAAGUCAUCUCUCAACAGCAGACAGAUCAUUCAGUGCGACCGCUGCAGCGAGCACUGGCACUUGGAUUGCUUGGAUCCGCCCAUGGCCAAUCCGCCACCCCUCCCAUUCAACAGCAAGACACGUAACACCUGGAUUUGCCCGCGUCACAUCGACCGCGAUCUGCGCGCCAUCGAGCCAACCCUUUCCAGUGCUCUUGGCGGCAGGCGGCUCUUCCGCAUCCGCAAACCGAAGAACCCCGUUAUCGUAGAUGUUAAUCUUUCACGCGGCUUUAAGAAUGACGGUCUGAUCGAAGUCGACCUGAGCGACGACAGCGAUCGUGACGAAGAGUUCCUUGAGCAAGAUGACGCUGUUGACGGCCGUGUCUAUCGUCUCCCUUCGCAAGGCAUCAAGCUUGACUUCAUUGCCAAAGUCAAGGAAAUGCACAUGAUGAGGCAGAAGGAGAAGGCCAGAAAGAUCAUCACGCAGAACUCAUCUCAACCCAAGUCAGCCUUCAAGGCGUACAAUGAGGCGACCGCGACCGACCGCCGCGCAUCUGUCAAUCUCGUGCAGCUCGCGAACCGCGAAGCCGACCUUAACCUCUCCGGCGAUGCAGUCCAGACGCUCAUCUACGGACUAAACGCCGAGGCGCCCGACACGGUUGUCGCGGAAAUGAACGAGGCUGAGACGGAUUCAACGGGCCUCAAGCCCCCAACUGAAGAAGAGAAGCGUCAGCUCCUUGCCCUGCAGGAGCUCAUCCGCCGCCGUCUCAGCGGCACGACCGGAAGCGUCUGAGCGUCUCAUAGAUGAUCACACACGUGCACCUGCAAACUUUGUCUGGAAACUUCCCUGGGAGCUUUGCGCUCACUUUCCAAUCUUUCGGCUGUUCGGGGUGGCACAGCUUGUCGCUUGAUCUACCCCUACCGCGCACCACCUGAUAGCGGGCGGACUCGCUUGCAGUUUCCUGCACCGCUAUCGACUCAACUGGAGGAUU